GUGAUUAUGAAUGAUGGAAAUGGGCAGGGCAACAUACAGUGCCUUGUGUGCAAGUUUAGUCCGACGUAGUAGAGCGCCAAUGCAUUAGCUUCGUGGCAUGUGAUAUCGGAUGUGCAUGAGCAUACACGGUAUUUAUAAUAUAUUCUAUUGAAAUAAGUUUUAAAUCAAUUACCACGGAUGUGGCAAACUGAGAGGGAGUGACAUAAGAAACGAGUUAAUUUGGACUUGGUCAAAUCAUUUGACUGAAUAGCCAUUGAAUUCAUUGAAUUGAAGUUUAAACUGAAGUCUGAAAUUAAAAAAGUCCAGCGAAUCAGAUUCUAAGACACCCACUGAACCCCCAGUCAACAAUUAUAAAACACAAGCAUAUAACAUAAUUUAAUAAUCAAAUUAGGACUGUCACUUUGCCCUGGAACUGCCCCUGGCCCCUAGCCCUAGCCUUGGAGUUCGAGCAUACAAAUAUAAAUAACAGUGAAUUGAAAGUCAGAACAUGGAUGAAAGGAUGGUAAAUUUUGGGUUAGGGAUACGUGUUUUGUCAAGUGUCGCCUCACCCAAAGCAGAGUGAUGUAGGAUGUCACUUUAGGGCAUCCCAACACUGGACUUAGGAUUUGGACUUAGAGUCUAGAGUGAAAAGAUUGAGAGUGAACCACUGUGUGAUAACUUUGCCGUUUUGACUGAGCAUUACUCGCGUCAUAAAGUAAAUCUGAUGAUCGAACCAGAUAAUAUUAAGUAUAUGAAACUGAAAUUUUCCAUUCAUUUUUAUUAAAAUUAAACUUAUAGGUUUCAAUAAAAUAAUAAAUCCUUCUAAUUUGAGAUCUAGUUUUAAUCAUUUUUAAUAACAAACCCCCAUGAAAUUAAAAAUGUUAAAUCACACUGACACUCACACUGUAGAUUGUACUACAAUUUCUUUACUACUUUUAGUAUUCUCAUCUCAAUUUUGACAGUGUAGCCUCCCCAAACCUCUCCACCCACUUUUUAUACAAAAAUAAGAAACAAAAUAAUCUUCGGGGGAUAAUCUACCACCCCCCACCCCCCCCCCCCCCAAAAAUGAGGAAAAAAACUUGUAUCAAGUAAACUCAAAGAUAAAAAUCAAAAUCUUUUGAAUGCUUAAGUUGACCUGGAGGAACCUCCAUGACCUAUAUAUUGUGGAACACAUCACCGGCCUUACCGCUAACUUUAACAAACAUUUUUUUUACAGACACAUUUUAAAAAAUACUGUGGAGCCUCAUUUCAGAACAAAUCGGUUAUCAAAUGAGUUUUACUAACAAUUUUUGUCUCGGUUAACAAACAAUACUUCUUGUUAUAAACAUAUACAUACACCUGUACCUACAAUCGCACCCGCUCAGUAAUGCUUUGUUUCAUUUUCAGUAACAUUUUUUUUUCUAGUUCUGUGUUCAAUAACACUGCUAUUUGUUAUUUUUUCACUUUUUUUAUUACUUUAGCCCACAUUGUUAUUAAAAGGAAUCGUGUUAGUGUUGAAGCAAAGAAAUAAAUUAUACUAGUUAUAGCCCACCAAACAUUGGCGACAGGAAUGCGUGAACUUCCCAUCUACUAAAGUUACUUGACAAAACAUCCCACUACUAAAGUUACUUGACAAAACAUGAACUCAAGUAACGCACAUUUCUGAAUCCCAAUUUUUGCUACACCCCUUCCCCCAUGAUAUGUCACUGCACACUUUUUAUUUCAUACCCAUGAACUAUAUUAAAUAUUCUGAUGUCCCAACCACUUUUAAAUGAAUAUUUUUACACCAUACUUAAAUUGAGGAUUUCAUUUUCUGAAAAGAAAAUAUUACGCGCUAGACGCAGUUGCUUUAUAUAAAAAAAAUAUAUCAUUUAGCUUAGUUAUCGGGAAUUAUAUUUUGCGCGCUAUUGAACUCAUUAUUGAACCAUACUUUCUUUUAAACAUUUAGAAUUAUUUGUAAUAUAUUCUCAAUACCAAAUUAGCUGAUUAGGAAACAGUGCAAGAGUCACAUCAGAAGGGUAAUAUUUAUAAAGUUUCAUAAAGUCUCAUAGAGUUGGCAAGUUUAAUUUAAAAAAUUUGGCUACAUUCAGAGCCUUCCUUGGCUGUAGGUUGCACACCCCUGAUUUAAAGCAUUUCUUGAAAAUAAUUUUAAAAGUAAUGAAAAACAUCUUCAUUUCACAAGUUUAAAUUUAAAAUAGAAUCAUAUUUAUUGCUUUGACUGCUCAGUAAUAAUAUUCAACCACAUUUUCUUCUCUACAGGAAAGGUAAACCCUAUGACUUUGCCGCCGUUUGAUUCCUCAUGCCAAGCUCUAGAAUGGAGCACGGGCUAGUCAGCCCGCAAGACUCGGCCACACCGGCCCUUGUUCUCGGGCCCGCCUAUCCAAUUAAUAUGGGCAAUGUAUCUGGGCCGAAUAAAGGCAGCCCAACUAGAGUUCUGGAUUGUAAGCACAGCAGCCAGUCCACAACUUUUGAAACAUCCAAUAGAUACGUACAAUCAUUUUUGUGUUACGAGUUGUUUGCUGCCAUAGAGAUGGGCUCAUUGAAACGAGUCCGUAAUGUGCUGCUCUCAUACCCGGAUCUCGACUUUAACUUUCAUAUUAAAGAUGUUACGCCUCUCUCCUUAACUUUGUACAGACGGAGAUUUGACAUUUUUCAUUUGUUUCUCCACCACCAAGCCAAAAUGGGAAAUCUUAAUCUGAACAUGAUCAGCCGAGACAGUUUGGGACGGGUGGAGCCACCAAUUAUUACAGCGUGCCGUCUUCACUUCCUUGAAGGUGUUGUCACCCUGGUUAGAAAAGGUGCAGAUAUUGAUAUGACGGAUAAUCAAGGCCAUACCGCACUUUGGGUGGCAUCACGGCAACAGAUGCCGGAUUUGGUGGAAUACCUGAUUAAUAAUGGUGCAAGUGUUAGCAAAAUGGAUAAGUUCGGCUGCACACCUCUGCUGACUGCGCUUAUGUAUAGAGUUAGUUCUAUGAUCAUACGUCAUCUUAUCAUUCAUGGGAGUCCACUUUCUGCUCAGUUACGUUGGUCAUCCGCAGAGCAGUCCCCCCUGUUUUGGGCUACCAAAAAUGGGAAUCUUGAAAUAGUUAAACUGGUACUCCAAGCAGGUGUUGGGUUGUUAGAGAUACGUUCUGUCAGAAUGGCACUCUCCAACAGUGAUGUUGACUCAGAUAUUCUAGAACUUUUAGAUCAAGAAACACAGUGCCCCCCUUCCCUUCAGCAUCAGUGCAAAUUAGUAUUGAGAUGCUCCAUUAGCCGUAUGGGGCGGGGAAAGAAUUUCAUCAAAAACAUGCAAAGCUUGCCUCUGCCGUCCAGUAUAAUACAGUUUCUUCUUCUUUUCAGAUGAUACAUCAGCUUGUAUCUCUAUACACUUUUUCAGACAUUUUAAAUGUUGUUUAGUGUGGACUGUUUUCAUGAGCAAGUUAUUGUCACUAUUCAGGAUAUAUUAUUUUAAGUUUUCUUUUGCUACAGAUGAAUAUGUUUAUACAACAACAGGUUACAACAUCAGUUACUAAAUGCUGAUAGAAGCUUGGUUUUGACUGAAAAAAAUUGAGGCAUAAGUUGAGAUUAAUUUAGAUGAAUAUUAGAAACAAAUUGUAUAGUUUAUAGAUGCAAGAUUUCAAUUUUCUUUGCAUUUGUCUACCAAAUUUUUUUGUUUUAAAGUGGCAAGUGAGAUUCAUCAAUUCAUAUACUGUGGUGAUCAUUGCAAUAUACUCAUCUUGUCACUUUCUUAAUUUUUAAAAUUGUGACUAAAUUUUUAAAAAAACAUGAAUCCUCAAUAAAUGAAAUAACAUAACUACAGCUAUAUAAUAGAAAAAAAUGUUGGCUUCUAGAGAAAAUGGCAAUUGUUUUGUUUGCCAUCAUAUAAGGCAAAGUAAAUUGAUUAACAUACCUUUAUGGGGUGUAUCAAGACCGUAGAGUCUAGAAAGAGAUGUGUGACUCUUGCUAUUUAACUGAGACUGUAUGAAAUCAUGCAAAUAGCAAAAGUCAGAUAAAAAUGAUGCUUCUAAUAAUUUUUGUAGACGUCUUUACAAUUUUCACACACAAUGAAACAGCCUUAGAAAUGCAAUAUUUGGAAGUUUUAAACAGAAGCAUUAGGAUUUUUUUUAAUGAAUGAGGAAACUGCUAGGAAUGCAAAGGUUAUCUAGAUUAAUGAAUUGAUAAUGACAUUUCAGUGUCUUUUGAUAAGUGAGACACUUUGUGUGUUAAUUUUCUCUCUUGCUCACAUACCUUUGGCAAUCAUAUACAAACAUUCCAAUACGG